AUGAGCACGGUUUCUGACAAGGUGCGGCCGGACUAUGUGUACUUCUCCUGGACUGCAGACAUUCCGUACGGCAGGCCUGACGUUGCGCCUGGCAGCGAGGGCCGAGUCUACAUCAGCAAGCUCAAGGUGCCCUGGAAAGGUGUACCUGUCUUGGAGGAGAGCUUUGCCUUUCAAGGCUUCGUCCGUGCCGGCGGCAUCGACAUGACAGAGGACGGCGUCCUGGGCACAAUCUGCGCCAAGUACUGGCAACCUUGGGUGGACAACAAGAACAGCCACUUGGACAAAGCGGCCAUGGUGGUGGCUGUGUGCGAAGUGAACAGCAGCACCAUGGAGCAGCACAGGUUGCCGUGGCAGAUUGGCAAGCAAUACCAGGAGACGGUCACUGCCCCAAACACAGGGAUAUGGGGCAGCUACCCCACGUCAGCAUGGUGGGCCCAGCGUUCCGCAGGCUACGGCUAUCUUCUGUAUGCCCCGGAACAACGGAUGUGGACGGCCUGGUAUGGGGCCACUGUAGAUCACCACACCGGCUAUGCCAUGCACACCUACCACCGCGAUGCACCAGGGAUCAGCGACGAGGAGUACGCAGCCUACAAGUACCCAGUGCCUCGGGACAUAGUGGAGCCCCGCCAGGAAGCAGAUGGUCCUUGGCGGGACCACCACCGCACGGGCACAGGCGAUCACCAGAAGUCGGCGGCCUGGGCAUACCACCCGCUUCUGAAGGAUAUUGGCCUUUACAAGCACGAGUAUGGCCCAGCAAGAAUGCAGCAGUAUGGCCUGGCGCAGGAGCCCAUCGGGAUGGCGCCCGCGGGUAACUUCCGGUAUGUGGGGCACCGCGGCGGCAUGGAUUUGAAGUUCCCACAAGAUGAAGGCUAUGAUUAUGGCUACGGCGACGACGACUCCGACAAAGCCUUGCAAGCCAAUGCCAUUAGGCCAUGUGGGGAGGAUUGGAUCCUGGCGUUUCCUUCUGACAAGGGCAACGUUUGCGCACAGAUCACACGGCUCGGAGAGAUCAACAUCUGGAAGGUCAUCGAUGAGGCAGUGGCGAAAAUGCCCUGUGGAGCCAGUGGUGGCAACUGUGGCGAUGGGGCACCGGGGCGCAUGCUGCGCCUGGCACCACUGGGGACUUCCGAGCAAAACCCGACAUGCGGCCCGGAAGCCCGAUUUCUUUUCGGCUACGAAAAGCCGGAUCGCACGCGCUGGCUCGUGGAACUCGAUGGUGACUGCAACGAGGUCACGGAGAAGCUGGACGUCACCAAGCACACGCACUGGCCGCUCUACCAGGACUGGACUACCACUACAGACGGUGCCGUCGUUUGGGUGACAAGCUGGCACCCUGAUGUCACGGGCAGCCACGGCCCUCCUGGCAGCCCCAAUGGAGUUUGGCCCUACAGUCCAAAGCCGCGCUUGUCCGAAGAGGCGCCCGAAGCUGGUGAGUAUCUUUAUGGAAUGACUCCUCAGGCCAUCAACAAGGCCAAGGUUACCGUCUACUAUCCAAACGGCAAGCUGGGCUCCAUGACCACCAGCGGCGCAACUUCUGCCAGCACUUCCGCUGCUGCCACCACUGCCACCACCACCACCACGACCACCACCACGACGACCACCACCACGACCACCGCCACCACGACCACCGCCGCCACCACCAGCAUGCCCACCUCAACCACCACCACCACCACCACCAAAGCCAGCACCACAGCCACCACCACAACUAGGACGUCUUCUUCCAGCCCGGUGCCCUCCACAACAGUGGAUUCAGUGUCGGCCAGUUUCCAGCCUGCCGAGGGAGGAGUGAAUCGGGUUUGUCGUGGGUCCCAUCCCAACGACAACAAUCCAAGCUACUAUUCGGCUCACAACUCCUCAUCCGUGGAGACGUGCAAGACCGCAUGUCUCGAAAAUCCUCUCUGCACUGGCAUUGAGUUUUCUGCCGGGCGCUGUGAGGUUUGGACAAGGCCGGCUGGCAUUGGCACAACGAAAAUCUUGGAGGGGUUUACUUGCCUCCGCUUUGAGCCGCCCGGUGCCUUUGCCUUCCGAGCUGUGGAUGGCGGAGAGAACCGCGCAUGUCGCGGAGCAACUCCUGGCGACAACAGCCCGUCCUACAUGAAAGUUUUGACAAAACAUCGCCUUUUCGAUUGCAAAGAAGCCUGCAUUGAAGAUGCCGAAUGUCAUGGUAUCGAAUUCUCCCCUGGAAGAUGCGAGGUGUGGACUCGGGACGGUGGCAUCCAGGCCAGCUCCGUCGUCGAAGGCUUCACCUGCCUGGCAUGUCGCGGAGCUACUCCCACAGACAACUCCGGGACUUAUUAUGAUGUAGUCGGAGACACGUCGUUGGACGCCUGCAAGUGGUCUUGUGUGGGUCGAGGCGCUGACUGCAAGGGCAUCGAGUUCUCCGCAGGCCGCUGCGAGGUGUGGAUUCGGACGCAAGGGAUUGAAGCCACCUGGCCCCUCCAGGGCUUCUCCUGCUUACGCUACGCGCCCCAUCCUCAAUCCUUACUCGCCAAGAAGUCCAAGUCCCGCAAAACAUCGUUUUUGGGCCCGUCCUUUGUGCAAACGGCCUACGCCUCUGACAAGCAGGCCGAGGUCUUCUCCUUGACGAGUGUUGAGGAGUCAUUAAACGAGCUAUAA